UUUAAUAAAACGAAAUCGCGAAACUGUGAAUUUCUUGAUAUAAAUGAAUGUAAAAGCGGUAUAAUUUAAACACCAAUACAAACGAGAAAUUCGCAGUAAACUGUUCGAAAACAGGAAACACGUCACAGUAACUCGUGACGUCACAGCAAAACGACGCCAAACAUCGAACUAUUAGUGACAGAUUCAGAUUGAACUGAUCACUCUUGGUCUCAACUCCGCAAAUGUCAGCAGUAAGGAACACCCUGAAUUAUUCUUGUCCAUCUCUACCGCAGUCUAUAAUAAUUGCAGAAAUGAUGUCAGUUAAAACUGCUCAGCAUUGUGUACAAGCACCCGCCAUCUACAGCGCCAGCAGAGGACAGGAUUAUACCUUGGAGCCUGAGUGUGGCAUCAGUAUUGGAUGCAGUCAUCCGAUUUACCAGAAUUUCAGCCUCAAUGCUGCUACUAGAGACAUGUCAGCCCCUGAGAUCUGUUCUUCCACCGUCAGCCUGCCACAGAGUGUAGCAACCAUGAGCUCACCAAGCUCUCUGCACAGCUCUCAGGAAGUUACUGAGGUGACCUCACACAAGAGGGAGCUCCGCCUGAUAAAGAACAGGGAAGCUGCACGGGAAUGCCGACGCAAGAAGAAAGAGUAUGUCAGAUCUCUUGAAAAUCGUGUGACUUUGCUGGAAAAGCAAAACAAGGCACUCAUCGAAGAACUCGAGGCCUUAAAAGUCUUGUACUGUCACUUGUAAUUACUGAAUGCAUUUAGGCAAAACUACUUUUCACUCCGUUUAUGUACAUUUGAUUGUAUCUACCUCACAUACUGUACACCUGACAUAUAUUUAAAAUGACCCUUAACAGUGAAGUAAAUAUUU